GUCGAAAGAGGAAAAGAGCAGAAGCACCGUAACAUUUCAACCUCGCAUACAGUUCCUUGUUUUCAUCGUCAUGUUGGAUCUGAGAAAGUUCAGAAGAGAAAUCACUUUUAACCCGAGAUAAAGUCCAGCUUCGAGUGUUUCUUUGCGCAUAACGGGAUCUUUGUGAUAUAUUUUUUUUUUAUCAUGGAAGAUGGUAUGAACGAGGAGCCAGCCAAGCCCAAAGAGGUGAAGAGCACUGGGAAGGCUGGCUGGUUGAAGAAGUCUUCAGGGAAGUUUUUGAGCAGCUACAAGGACAGAUACAUUCAGCUGGAACGAACAGUGAUUGUGAUCUAUGAGAACGAGGAAUUAACAACAUGCAUGGAGAAAUUGGACCUGGACAACUAUGAUAAAUGUCAAGAGUUAAAGAGUUCAUUCAAGAAGAAGCACAGGCUGGUACUACUAGGAAAACCCAAGAGCGGUAACAAGAUACAAGAUGUCAAAUUUCAGGCUCAAACUCCUGAAGAGAAAGAAGCAUGGAUCAUGGCACUCAGUGAAGGCAUCAACAAGGCAAAGAACAUAAUUUUAGAUCAGGUAAAAGUUGAUGAAAGCUGCUCUUUAGAACAUGUUACACUUUCUCGGCCAAAAGGGAAUCGUGGAAGAAGACCACCAACCAGGGUACACAUGAAGGAGGCUGCAAAUGUUUCAAGUGAUGGAAUUUUGAGACUGGACCUUGAUGGUGACAUUACUGUGCAGAAUGGAACUCACACUCUUAAUACGGAAGGAGAUAAACAAAACAAAACUUUGAAGCCAUCUGCAACUAUGAAUGACAUUCCUGAAGAGGACAUCAAUGAAGAUUCCAUACCCAUGAAGAAAAUUAUAGAGCCACCCAUGCCGCCAUCAAAAGACAACAAACCCAGUGACAGUCAUAAAGAGGAUGAAUCCAACAAUGAGAAACCUACACCCCAAAGGAAGAUCCUUAUGCCCCCAAUGUCCCCAUUAAAGGAGAAUAAACCCCAUGUCUCUGUUGAUGGAAGUGCUGUUGGAGAGAUUGCCUCAAAAGAAGAGAAUGCUGACAUCUCAGAACCAACCCCAUCCAUCAAGAACAUCCAGCCCCCAGUGCCUCCAUCCAAACAUGUGAAGCCCAGUCAAGUGGUCACACCAGCCACAGUCACAACAGAAGGAAAAGAAUCUCAAGAGAACACUGAAGAGGUUGACAGUAAUGAUACAGGGGUUGAUUCACCUUUAGACACUCCGAAUAGAAAUAAGAAAGAAGAGGAGGUGAAAACAGUAGAGUUAGAGGCCAUAACUCUAUCCAGUAAGAUUAUGAAGCCACAAGUCGUGAUGUGGGAUUCCCCUACUGUAGCAUCGAAAGAACGUCCAGUUGAACAAGAAGGGCAAAACUUGAAGAAAGCACCAGACACCACUCAAGAAGUUAUAAGCUUGAUAGAACCUCGCCAACUUAAUGUGACACCACAUUCAACUCCUGAACCAGUAAAAAAGAGUCCUGGACCCCCUGCUCCACCCAAGAAGCACUUGAAGCCACUCGAGACAACUCCAGAAUCCAAAACGGAUCCAGGUGGCGAUAUGUUAAGUGAAGAGUUAGAGGAGAAGUCUUUAGACAGUGGUCAGCAUUCAGGUGAAGAGUCUGAAAUUGGGGACCAAUUAAUUUCAUCCAUUGCAAAGCUGAAAGUAAGUUCCCAGGGUCUUGAUGGGGAGACAAGUGAGGAUGAUCUAGAGCCAUCCGAUAGCAAAGCCGAGAGUUUAGUGGAGCCAUCCUUAGAAACCCCUACCACCACCCCAGAGAACUCCGUUCUUAACACACAUCCAACACCAAGCCAAUGUGCCAACAAUUCUCUGCUCCUAACUAUGCCUCUCAAGCAUUCCUCCAAGGCUCGCUCCACAUCCCUGGGAGACCUCCUUGCCGAAAACACAAAGAAGAUGGAAGGCAAGGGGAAAGACAUACCAAUUAAACCACAUGGAAGUGAUGUGGAGGACUUGCAAAGUAAAGUGUCUUUUGAGAUUGAAGAGACAGAAGAGAUGCUAAAUGCAAUUGCAACUGGACAGAGUAGUGACAUGGAAAUUAAGGGGAGAGGAAGUCCAGAGAUCUUGCUUACUGCAGCAAUGGAGAAGCUCAGGAAAGCAAACCAGUUCUUAAGGGAAGCCAGAAAUUUUAAAGAUCAUAACAAAAACAACAGAUUAAGUUGGUAAUGGUAAGGAUUGGUGGAUGGAACCUAUAAGGACAACAUAAGCUUUUAUGUUGAAAGUACAAGAUAUACAAAUUAUCAAAUGCAAUUUUUCUCCCCAACCCAAUCAAUUUGUGAAGGUCUGACAUUUUUUUUUUUUUUUUUACUUUGCCAGCUAAAAUGCCUUACAGACCAGCAUAUAUUGGAUUUUGGAUGCUGGUCCGCUGGUGUCCGUAACUAGUUUCUAGUCCUAAGCUAGUAAAUAAGCUAGUCCUUAACUGGCCUAACCAGCAAGACUUCAUUGGUCAAUUAGCUUCAGCUAAGCUUUGCUUGUGAACAGGAUGGCUUUGCUGGUCCAACUGCUAAACCAUCACCAAACCAGCAUAAACCAUCCUGGACCAGUAUGGCCGAAGCUGGUCUUUUCCAAGGGGGACCAUUAUGACCAGUUCUUAGAGAUAAAUUUGAGCAUGCAAUGUUGUUUUACCUUGCUUCAGUCAAACCAUUUUUAAUGAUCUUAAGGAAUUCUAAAUAUUUGUUAUUCCAUGAAUUUGUUCCUGAAGUUAAUUAUAUUUUGCACUUCAAUAGAGUCAGGUUCUGGAAGUAAAAACCUAUUAAUUUUUGACAUAGGCUAACUGUUUUUUAACAGUACCUUGAGCUUUGAGGUUAUUAAUUGAUGAUAUGUGCUUCGGUUCGGAAUUGGUGUUGAAUAACUACACUACCCAUGUUCCUGACGAUAAAGAUUCACCAAUCAAUGAAUCAAAGACUAAAAAACAUGCCAAAAGAGCUUCCAUGAAGCAUUGUGAAUGACUUAAUCGAAUCAGUCUCCUUACACUUACAUGUACUGUAUAUGUUUCUGUACAGUAUAUGUGCAUGUUUUACAAUUUACUUAAAAUGUAUUGUUUCUAUACUUUUAAUGUAAAACUUUAAAUCUAUAGUUUUAUAUUUUCUACCAUUUUUACAGGAUUUUGAAAACCUUUUUGAAAGAACCUUUGUCAUUUUGUCUGAUUGUCAGUUUUUUGUUUUGUUUUGUAGCUACAAAUCAAAGUUUGUAAUAUUGUGAUUCACUUUGGAGCAGAUUAAUUUUGUUCAAAGCUUAGAACCCUUUUAUGAAGUACUUUAUGAAAUCCCUAUGGAAACGAUGAAUAGGAAAAAUACUUCCAGAACCAAGAUGGCUCCAAAAUGAGCUGGCACUGUUGCACUCUAUAGACAUUAUCAGAUGUUAACAUGUAUUGUAUGUUAGAAUGUAUCACCUCUGUUACAGACUAAUUGCCCCCACAAAUUAAAUAUACACAUAACCACUAUUAGAAUUUUUGCUCAUACAUUAGCUUUUUAUCUCACAGAGGAUUGUUGUAUGUUUUAUGUUGAAUUUUGCAUUGUAACUCCUGUAUAAAAACAGGUGGUUCAAAUUGCUGUUUGUUUGGGGCAUCAGUCAUUAAGCUCUGUUGUUACCAACAGACAGCUAUAUUGUGGCAAAAUAAGACUGAAAAGAUGAAAUUGUGAGGAAGGAAUGACUCAGUGCUCUUAGAAGUUUUAUUUUUAUUCUGAAGCCCAUACUCUCCCACUUCAGCUCUGGUGGAUUAAAAAAAAAAAAGCUUCAGAACUUUUUUCUUAAGUUUUAAUUGUCAAAGUUUAAAACUGGACAACCAGCAUAUGAUUAGCAGUGCAAUAGCUUAAUAGUGCAUUUCUGUUACGGUUCGUACAAAUGAUCAUUUACAAUAAGUAUUCAAUUUUGUAUUAGUAUGUGGUCUGUUUUAUGUGAUUCGCACAAUACGAUUUUCAUUGAACUUAAAAUAAUUAUAAAUGCAUAAAGCUCACAAUGUCAUGAUUAAGGGGAUUUACACAAUAAUUCUAAAUGUAUAAAUCUUAUGAUGACAUAGUUAAGGGAAGUGACAAUGGUAUUUUUUAGUAAUAACCAGAUCAUUACAAAAUCUAUUGACUACCAAUUAAAAAACUAAAUAAAAAAGGAGUUUAGCCUGUUUUACACACCUUCCAUCUGUAGGUUACAGUAUUCAUACUGCACAUGUAACCUUGUGUGGUGCUGGGUCGCAGAAGUGUGUAUAAUUCAGAGUUUGGGUUCCAUGUAAAUUAACUGUAAACACUUUACAAUAAGGUUCUAUAUGUUAACAGUAAUAAAUGCAUUUGGUGUCAUGAUCUAACAAUGAACACUACUUUUAACAGCAUUUAUUCUUUGUUCGUGUUAAUAAGAAUAAUUUUUUUAUGUUAGUUAAAAUGCAUUAACUAAUAAAAAUAUUAAUUUGAAAAAUGUUUUAGUAUAAUUAACAUUAAGUAAGAUUAAUAAUUGCUGUAAAAGUAUUUUAAAUCAUUGUAAGUUCAUGUUAAAUGAUGAUGUACAGUAGUUAACUAAUGUUGAAUGAAUACAACCUUUUUGUAAAAUGCUACAAUUAAUUUUUUUUUAGAUGUAAAAUCUUUUUGAUCUUUUAGAUCUUCCACCUUGUGUAAAUUAGAUUUAAUUCUGAUCAAAUUUAUAAAAGUGCUUAGUGCCCCUUUUCCGAUUAUUAUACUGUAAAAGAAAUGUCUGUAAUUUUAAUGGUAAAAGACUGUAGAAAUGCUACAGUAAAAAUUAUAAUAGCUUCCUCUAUUACAAAAAGACAGUACAUGUAGUUUUAAAGUAAAAUGUUGUAAAAAUAGAAUUUUUUGGAUGUAAAAAAAAUGAUUUUCCCAAAUAAUUAAAGGUUAAAAUGUAUAUUAUGUUUAACAAAAAAGAACAGGCGGUAAAAAUCGGGGAGUAAUCCCCGGUUCCCAGAAUUCCCUGCGUGACCCAAUACAUUUCAUAGAUUUUUAUUGGAAUAGUUACGUUUCUUCUUAAUUUUAAUAUCAGUUAUGUACAUUGGGAUGUUCUGUGUUCUAUUUUAUGUAGUUUAGUUAAUGUUUACUGCAUAAUUUUAAUUUCACAUGUGUUACCCUGAUGGUGUUUAGUGUUUGUGUGAGUGACACUGAGCGCUGUCUCUACAUGUUUAUUGGUCAUUGCUCCUUGAAGGGCCACUAUUGAUUAACUCAUGUAAUCAUGUGCCCUUCUGUAGUUACUACGGUGAUUAACAAUACAUUAAAAGUGAAAAGUAGAUUCUUUACAGUUUCAUAAGGUUAAUAUAUUAAUGUUAUCAUUUAAUAAUAUAAACGAUGGUACUGCACUGUAAAAUCUACCAUAAAAACAACCGUUUUAAACUGUAACAUUUAUAGGUUGUUAUGUAAAUUUGUUUACAUUUUUACUGUAUUUUUCACAUCAUUAUUCUGCUAAGUUUUUAGCAGAAUAAUGCUAAAAGUCAUUAUUCUGUCAUUAUUCUGUUUGUUUGAUUUUCAGUGUAGCCAUUAUAAUUUAUGACUGAAAAACUCAAAUUGGGAACUGAGAAAUCGCUUUAUGGUCUAUUUAGAGCCACAGUUCUGUAUGUGUGCAAGCUCAAUAUGCACCCACUUCUGCAAUGCUCUUGUUCUGCGGAAGAGAGAGGUGUGAAACAGGUUAAACAUAGAGCUGUAACACUGUUGAAGACACUUUACACAACUACUGUUUUCAUUAUCUACCCUCCAGUGUUUGCACCAUAUAGCACAGAAAAAAAGCCACAUUAUAAUGAAUGCAGUGUUAGUUAUUUGUCUCAUGCUCUUUGUAAUACUGAUGCAGUGGGUACAGAGGUUCACUGUUCACACAUUUUAUUAAUAAUGUACAGAAACCAGUUACUUUGAGUUCAAUUAUGUAGAGAAAAGUAGAUCUUUAUUUUCACAUGUAAUAUGGUUAUUAUAGUUAUUUGUUCAUCUAUAUACAUAUUGUGCAUAGCAGUACAUACCUUUAUAUAUUCUAUUCUGUCAGCAAAACCAACUCUUGUUCUCUUUACUAUGUGUAAGAGAUGAUAGUCAAUUUAGUUUCACUUCAUCUUUGUGUUUUCUAAAUGAAGAACAGUGGAAAAGUACAUAUAAAGGCACAGUUAAUCUAGACAUACAGAGUUGAGAAUUACAGAUUAAUACCACAAUGAAAAAGGUUUUUGUGGCUCCAUUUUGUAAGAUAUGAUCAUGCAUGUUAAUAGCGCUUGAUAUAAAGUACUAGUCUUUUAUAAUGAAAUACAUUUUUAAUGUUUGCUUUCUGCCAUUUUGGUUUUACAGAGUACAUUCCUUAGAAUAUUUGUUUGUUUUUGUUUUGCUUAUUUUACUCUGAUAUUGCAAUAUGUAUCAUUUAGCACAUAUUUUAAUAAAAACUAUAGCUCAGUGAAUAUUUGAACAUUAUGUUGUAAAUAACAUGGCUGCCAGUGAAAUGCUUAAUAUUUAAGUUAUUAAUGUUCUGACAUAUUCAUGUUUAUUGUCUGUCUUAAAAAAAAAGAAGAAGCUUACGAUCAUAUUUAGAAUUCACUGUUUAUAUGUCUAUAAUUAGUCUCAUUAUUAAUGUUUACUAUUGAAGUUUAAUUCAGGCUUACAGUUUUAUUAUGUCGUACAGAAUUUGUUAAUGUUUGUUGCAUUUACUAACUGGACUAAUAUAUAAAAAAAAAAUCUAAAUGCAUAUAAAAUGUGCAAAAAUGGGAAAUAAUUGUUAUGCAAAGCAUGUCAUAAUAAAGGCAAAGUGUGUCUGUCUUUAAUAUGCAA